UAAGUUGAGUUGGAGAAACCAGCCCAUAGAGUUAUAGGCUCUGAAAAAAGGACAAUGAGGCAGCUUGAUGCUCUCUAGAUCAUACACGGACCACUAGUUCGUCGCAUGUGUCACCAAGUUUGCUCCUAAGGUGGAAUGUAUUUGGAAGAUUUCUAGGGUAGACGGCGCUUUAUUUGGCCUGCUACUUUAGGGCCUUCGUAAAAGGAGUAAUGGAGAAUCGAAUAACUGUUCACCCGUUAUCACACGAUCCGACGGCAGCAUGGAAAGAGAUUUCAAAAUUUCAACGUGUUGUUAAAAUAUCAUUAAGUCGACCGCUAGCAGAAAAGGAUUCCAGAAAGGUCCGUGUCGUGUGUAUGAGUGAUACACAUUCUUUAACUUCUUAUUUGAAGUUUGAUAUACCAAAUGGCGAUAUAUUUAUUCAUGCCGGUGACUUCACUAAAUGUGGUCGACUUCAAGAAGUUAUUGAAUUUAAUAACUGGAUUGCUACACUUCCUCAUAAACAUAAAUUAGUCAUAGCGGGGAAUCACGAGCUAAGUUUUGACAAAAACUUUACAGAAUUCCUUGACGGAUCCCAUAAUAGUCGGACAAAACACACCGGACGCUUGAGUCUUGAAAAUAUGCCGAUGUUGGGGAAUCGUAGAGAGGACAUUGAAAGCGCUUUGCAAGCAAAAAAUAUUCAGGAAGUCUUAUCCCAUUGUACUUAUUUGGAGGACCAGUUAAUUAAUGUUAUGGGAAUUCGUAUAUAUGGUACUCCUUGGCAACCAGAGUUUUGCAAAUGGGCAUUUAACUUGCCCCGAGGUGAAGCGUGCUUAACCAAAUGGAAUCUUAUACCCGAUAAUGUAGAUAUAUUAGUGACUCAUACGCCUCCAGUCGGUCAUGGAGAUUUGUGUUGCUCUGGCAUACAUGCCGGCUGCGUUGAAUUGUUAAACACAGUUCAGAAACGUGUUAAACCCAAAUAUCAUGUUUUUGGUCAUAUUCAUGAAGGUUAUGGAAUUACUUCAGACGGAAACACUAUAUACGUGAAUGCAUCAACUUGUGAUAUCAACUAUAUACCUAAGAAUCCACCUAUUGUAUUUGACGUUUCCUUACCAGUUUGCGCACUUAGCGCAUGAUUCAAUAACUAAAGGUUUUGUAAUAAACUAGCAUACUCGUUCCACAUUA